CAUGUGCGCUAUCUUCUGUGCGAAGAACGGCUGUGACCGCUUCAACUUUGAAAAUGAAACGUGCAGUGUUGCAACUGGUGCUGUGUCCAGGAACACUGCUACCUUCAGACCCAAACCCAGUGGCACUUUGCGCGAGGUGGCACGAAACAAAACUGUCAUCGCCGCGCCAUAUUACGGGCCACAGAUUCCUCAAUAUGCAAAUGAUGGCAACACGACCUCUUAUUACCACUCCUCCAAUACGUACAUGCAACCUUGGUUCAUCUUGGACCUCGGUACUUGUACUCCGGUCGUCCAAAUCCGUUUCCUGCCCACCUACGAAAGCGAACACUAUUUGCGAUUCGUGGAUACUCAGAUCCUCCUGGGAACCGCAAUGCCAGCGUCAGAAGGCGACUUCAGCAAGUUCAACGUGGCAGCGACCAUGGCCGGACCGCUGACGUCUGUGGUGCAGUGGCAGGAGUUUGAACUGCCACAGCCGUGCUGUGCCCGCUACGUCGCUGUCUACAAGUACGUCCUCUAUUCGGACUAUCAUCGCUUUCUGGAGAUCAGUGAGCUGGAAGUUUACUCACCUUGAUAUUGAAAAGUAUCAAUACUUAUUGGACUUGAUCUGUGGAUUAAUUGACGUGGACUGAUUGAGUUUGACAGCAAUGAAUUAUUAGGCGCA